CAAGAAUGAAUAGUGCAUCAUAUCAAUCCUUUUGAUUGUCGCGCCAUAAUUCCCUUCAAAAAUCCCGUACUUUCGUUAUCUAUCUAGUCAGUAGAAGCGUGAGACCUAUCACUCAAGAUGGAUCCAGGACGAGCGGCCAUGAUCGCCGGCAUCAAGUCCCCAACCCGCGGGUCGUCGACUGGUCGAGAUAUCACCGCCCCGAGGCGUGACCCGGGCAACCGAAUCACAAAACCAUCCAGGCCGCAGCAACGAGGCCCGGCGCAGAACAGCAACAGAGAUCAGCAAUCAAACGCGCGCAAUUUCAAGACCCAGGAUGAGCAAUCUGAAGAGUUCGUCGCAGGCGAAGACAAGUUCGUCCUGCGACAGUCCAAGAAGAAGGCCGACAUCCGAGUCCGUGAACGCCGCGCCAAACCGAUCGACUUUCUCGCCUUCAACCUCCGCUGGGUUGACGAAGACCGCGAUACACUUGACGACGACGAAAAAGAUGCUCUCAUCACCGUGCCGUCGCCCGCAAAGGUGAUCGAGGGGCUCAACGAGGCUCAGUUGACUGAGCUGGAGCCAGAGGUCACGUCAUACCGAACACUAGAGUCCAGCGCCCGCAACCUCGAAUAUUGGAACGCUAUACUGGCGCUCUGUGACGAUCGUCGCCGCCAGCUGGCGCCCCAGGGCCCCGAGGGCCGCACUGUGGGCUCGGUGUCGGCUGACGUCGACAAGAUCCUCGCCCCUAAAACCUACGAACAGCUCGAAGCAUUAGAGAAGCAGAUCCGAGCAAAGCUUGAUUCUAAUGACGCAUCCGUCGACACUGAUUACUGGGGUGGUCUGCUGAAGAGUUUGCUUGUCUACAAGGCGAAAGCUCAACUGAAGAAGAUCACAGAGUCUAUCCGCGAGGCCCGGACCGAGAAGCUGAAAGCAAUGGACAUCGAGAAGCUGGUGGCGGCAGGCUCGAAUGCCUUAGUUGCUGGUGGAAAGAGGGCAGGUGGCUCUGCUGCUCAGGGCUCAAGUGCCGGUUUGGGAGCGUCCGGUGGACGACAAGGUUCAAGCAGUGGCGCUCUCCCUCCAGGGACGGCGCGGUUUGCCCAAAGUACAAACGACGAAGAUUUCUCACAGGCAACCAGGGCUCUCUACGAGAGAGAGCUCGCUCGCGGAGUGGGUGAGGAUGAGGAGAUCCUGACGGCCGAGGAGGCGCCAGCGACAGGUCCCAGGCCGGCAUGGGCAGACCAGUACCGUCCGCGAAAGCCUCGCUACUUCAACCGGGUGCAGAUGGGUUACGAGUGGAACAAGUACAACCAGACACACUAUGACUACGACAACCCGCCGCCCAAGGUGGUGCACGGCUACCGCUUCAACAUUUUCUACCCGGAUCUCAUCGACAAGACCAAGGCCCCUACCUUUAAGAUCAUCCGGGAGGGCGGCCGGAGGCGAGGAGAGUCAUUUGCCCCGGCUGGCCAGGAGGAUACUUGUCUGAUCCGGUUCAUUGCGGGGCCUCCGUACGAGGACAUUGCGUUUCGAAUUGUUGACAAGGAAUGGGAUUUCAGUGCCAAGAGGGAACGUGGUUACAAAAGUAGCUUUGACAAGGGUAUUUUGCAACUCCAUUUCCGGUUCAAAAAGAUCUAUUAUAGGAAAUGAGAAGCCAGCAAACCCGGUCAAGCCGGUGCAAGUUGUACGAGUUACCAGGGAAAAAAGAAUAGCCAGUUGCAUGUCACUUUUGUGGGACCAGUCUCCAUCUUUUGUUAUUCCAUUUGCCUGGCAUCUACAUUGUAGGCUCUUGUGUCAUCAGAGCUCGUCUUCAUCGCCAUCAAUGUGUCAGCCAAGCCAAAGUUACGCUGACUGGGGCACCUGACAUGCAAAAAAGGGAGACGUCACGCGUGCUGUGCAGUGAAUACCAGUAUGGGCGUUUCGGCCACAACCACAAGGUUGUUUCUGCAUACUCUCAAGACACCUUUCCCUCCCGACUUAUCUGGAUAAGCACGACUCUUUUGAACAGGCAGACAUAUCGGCUGUUCCCCCGCGUUCCCAACUUUGGAGUGGCACCAAGUUAGGAGCUCUGGCAUGGCCAUUGGUCUGCCGGACCUUUUCUGACAGCAAGGACGGAACAGGAUGUUUUAGUGAGGGUACACCAUCCCCUGUUUGUUGUGCGCACAAAUACGUAUACGCACACGCACCUGCACCUCAUGUUUCCCACCAGGUCAAGUGGAUGUCAGGCUGAUGCAAGGUAGUUUAGAUUUUUGUCUUUAUGCUUUCUUCGCUUAGCCAGGUAUGUAGAGUAAUAGGCGUUUGUGUCCUCAACACACACACACACACACACAUGGUUGGCCACCCAAAACACGUGCAGAUGGCUCGUUCAUCAUCCUCGCCACGUACAG